AUGAAGGCCGUAUUAAUAGACAAGUUCUGCGACACGCUCAACGAAGUUCGCGUGUCAGAGGUUCCGAGCCCAGAAGCAACAGGAGACAACAUUCUUAUCCGAGUCCGAGGCGUCGGCGUCAAUUAUGUCGAUACUCUCUAUGCUCGCGGAAAACACCAAAAUAACAAGAGACAUGUGACUCCCCCAUUCAUCCUCGGCCUCGAGUUCGCCGGCAUCGUCAUCUCCGCGCCAGCCGACUGCGAAUUCCAAAAAGGCGACGCCGUCUUUGGCGACCACGCCGGAGCCUACUCUGAAGUCAUUUCCAUCCCGCGGGAGCAGAUUCCGUCGCUGCUGCACGUUCCCGAGGGCUGGCCUGUCGAGGCCGCUGCCGGGCUCGCCGCCACGCUGCCCGUGGCCUACGACGGGCUAGUUGGGGCGGGCCGGCUGCGAGCCGGCGAGACCGUCCUCGUGCACGCCGCGGCCGGUGGUCUGGGUGUCAUGGCGUGCCAGAUUGCCGCGUCUAGGGGCUGCCGCGUCAUCGGCACCGCCGGGUCCGACGCCAAAUGCAAGUACGCCAAGGGCUACGGGGCGAGCGAGUGCAUCAACUACACGACGGACGCGCAGUGGUGGGACAAGGUAAAUUCCAUGACGGGCGGCAGGGGUGUGGACGUCGUAUUUGACCCCGUCGGCCUGGUAGGUCCCAGCCUCAAGUGCAUGGCUGCCAAGGGUCGUAUCGUGGUGGUGGGCUUUGCAGGCCUGGAUGGCAACUUUGAAAAGAUCGCCAUGAACCGGAUUUUGCUGAAGCAGGUGGAGCUCAUAGGUUAUCGCUUUGGGCAGACUCUGCGGGACAAUCCUGGAAAGCGAGCGGAAAUCUGGGAGCAGCUGUAUCCGAUGUUGGAGUACUUGAGCAUCAAGCCUACCUUGUCCGUAAUGUAUGAGGGGCUGGAGAGCGUGCCGAGGGCGUUGAUGGACAUCUCGGAGCGCAAAAUCUUUGGCAAAGCAGUAGUACGACCGGCAACGGGUAGCAGCUUCAGCGUUCCCCGACUGUAG